UCCUUCUUGUCCAUCUGUGGCAACCUCCGAACAAAAAAAACAAAACAGAGAGAGCGACAACCUCAACGCUUUAUAUUUCUCUUGAGAAGUUCGAUCAUCAGUCUCCUCUCUCUCUCUCUCUCUUUCAGAGUUGGGUUUUGGAGUUAGAAAGAGGACAUUUACAGAUAGAGAAGGAGAGGGAAAGCCCGAAACAGUAUUUCUUCCUUGUCUUUCUCUAUCUCUGUAAAACCCCCAUUUAGUGAAAGUGAGAGAGACAGAAUUGAGAGGGGAGAGAAAAUGGAAAUGGGUGGGAAGAGAUUCGCCGUUCUUCUGUGCGCAGAGGGCUCGGACUACGUGAAGAAGAUGUACGGAGGGUACUUUGAGGUGUUCGUGGGAAUGCUGGCCGAGAAAGGCGAGACGUGGAAAAUGUACCGCGUGGCCUGCGGCGAGUUCCCGGACGACGAAGAGAUCGGUCUUUUUGAUGGGUUUGUGAUAACCGGAAGCUGCAACGAUGCGCAUGGAAACGACGUUUGGAUCUGUAAACUGUUGAAUCUGUUGAAGAAACUGGACUCCAUGAAGAAAAAAGUUCUGGGGAUAUGCUUUGGACACCAGAUACUAGCCCGUGCAAUUGGAGGACAGACAGGUCGGAACAUGUCGGGCUGGGACAUUGGAGUCACGACAAUCCAUUUAUCAUCCUCCUCAAAGCUCCUGUCUUCUCUGAAAAUUCCUGCAACUCUCUCUCUGAUCGAAUGCCACCAAGACGAGGUCCUGGAACUUCCUGCCAAGGCUGAGGUGAUUGCAUGGUCUGAGAAAACAGGAAUCGAGAUGUUUAGAUAUGGGAAUCAUUUCAUGGGCAUCCAAGGUCAUCCCGAGUACACACCCGACAUUCUUCUUCACCUCGUUGACCGCCUUCUCCAAUGCGAUAUGAUUGUGGAAUCCUAUGCUGAGGAGGUGAGAACUAAGAUGGGGAAAGGUCAUGAGCCGGAUGCAGAGGCAUGGAAGAAACUGUGCAUUAGCUUUCUCAAGGGUACUGGAAUGGACUUCGUUAGAUCAAUAAAAGAAAAUUGUAAAUAUUAGUUAAUAGUUAGUACUCGAUCGUGUUCUUACGGAAUUGAAGUAGUAGAAGGAAUUAAGAUCGAGUGGGAGAUCUAAGUAGUGUGAUAAGGCAGGCAGUCAUCAGCUAUACAUAUAGCUAUUAUGAAAGUUAAUUAAUUAGCACUAUAUAUAGCUGCAAUAUUAGGAGGCAAUUUAGUUUAAUUAAUUACCUAGCUAGCUGUUUUCUGAGUUGGCAUCAUCUUCAUCAAGAUGUUAUUGAUGAACUGUAAUUCGUGCAUAGCGAGAAAGUAGAAAUUUACAAACUAGUCCCAUAUUUGUAAUGGAGAUCUUUUUAUUUUUUUGUCUA